AUGCCUGUAACUCCCAGCAAAGUGAAGGCCAAGAAGUGCCAAAAGGCAUGUGUACGAUGUCGGGGCAUGAAAGUCAAGUGCUCGGGAUCCUAUCCCUGCACAAGAUGCAGUCGAAAGAAGCAACACUGCCAGUUUCCUGCCGAGGACGUGCGAGUCUCUGUAUCGGAGCGGUAUCUACGCCAUUUAGAAGAGCAAUUAUCGGAAAGGAAUAGCAGCGUGCGUCACCAAGACACUUCGGGUCAAGAUGCUCUCGUUGGGUCACCCUAUGUUGGGGAGAGCGACAUUGAUCUCUCUACACCACAUCCUCCCCAGUUUCUUUUGGAGGACCAGCAAGCAGUGCGGUGGAGGGAAAUAGCAAAUGUUCAAAGCUUGGACACUACUCUGCAUACUCCUACUACAGCUCAUCUGCAGCGAGCGCAAACUGGGUCAGACCCCGAUAUUGAGCAAGACGGACACCGAUCCCGAUUUUCUCGAAACCCCCUUGUAGAUAAAGAUCCGUCUUUCGCCCGAACACCAGAUGGUCGAUUCUGGUAUAUGGGGCCUACAUCAUCAUGGUCAUUCUGUCGCCGUGUUUUAAGUAUCAUUGGAAGACGUGUUCCAGAAUCCAAUUGCCCGCCUGACCCAUGGCACCUGGAUGGAAUGGCAUUCAAGCUUCAAUGGAGACCAUUGCCCCCAGAUGAAAUACCUGAUGUCACAAACCUCCCACCGCUCGAUUACGCCCUGUUUCUUUUCAACACUGUUAAGUUCUACUUCGGGUUUCUUUCCUUCAUGAUUGAUGAAGAAGCUUAUCUACGAGAUUUGCAUGAAUUCUAUAAGAAUCCCUCCGCAAAAGCUGCCUCUGCGAGAUAUUGGUAUGUUCAAUAUCUUCUAGUUCUGGCGUUUGGAAAGGCCUUCCUUACGCACAAAAACCCAUCUGGAACACCUCCAGGCCAUCAAUAUGCAUCAAGGGCGAUGGCACUGUUACCCGAUUUGUCGGGAAUGCAUGAAGAUCCCUUGACGUGCAUCCAGGCUCUCAGUCUUGGGGCGGUUUACUUGCAGUCCAUUGACAUGAGACGGGCAGCCUUUCAACAUAUUGGGCAGGCAUUACGCGGCUGCAUUAUCGAAGGAAUCCAUCGACAUGUCCCGGAGGAGUUAGGAGGACCAGAACUCUCGAGUCGUUGUAGGACAAUAUUCUGGGUUGUCUAUAUGCUGGAUCGUGAAUUCUCAGCCUUGAUCGGGGCGCCAAGCUCCAUCCGAGACGAAGACAUCACAGUCCGAUUGCCUGCAGAUGUUGAGAACUCAGUGGAACAUAUCAAUCUGACAUUACAUGUACGGCUUUCCAGGCUUAUGGCUCAAAUCUUGACAACGGUAUAUGGGGUGGGAGAUAAAUUCAAUGGAACGCUCAUCCGGAAUAUGCAGUCAAUUCUACACAGCAUGGCAGAGUUGUCGCAUGAUCUCACGGCCUUCCUUAAUACCCACUUUCAUGGUCUCAUCAGCAGAGCCUCGAAGAUGGCAAUACGACUUAUGUUAGCUCAUCAUCAUUGCAUCGUUCUCACCACAAGACCUUUGGUGAUGUGUGCUCUCAACAUGCAUAUCGAACGUACCGAGAGACAAGCAUCUCAAAGCAUUGGACUUUCUCCACCCGUCGCUUCUCUUCUGCAAUGCUGUGCAGACUCGGCCCAGACUAUACUCCAGACGCUGCAGACCCUCGCAGAUGAUGAUUUAUUGGAUGCAUUCCUACCAUUCCAAAUCGAAGACGCUUCCUCAUCUGCCUUCGUUCUAUAUCUGAUUCGAGCAAUCGCGCCCUCACUAAUUCAGCGCGAUACUUGGUGUGAUCACUUGAAUUGUGUCUUAGAAACACUCAUUGCAAAGGGAAAUCCAGCCGCACCCCUGAGAAGGCGAGAGCUCAGACAGCUGGAGCAAAUUCUUGCUCCUUUGACCCCAAGGUCUACAUCCAGUCCUCUUCCGCCAGUUAAUAUCCAUCGUGACACGCAGGAAAGUGAUGACACGUAUGGAUUGGAGUCGGUGGAUGUCGGAGACGGUUUCGAAUGGGAUCUGUUGGGACUCAAUUCCUCGGUUAGCUUACCUCCACGAGAGUUGUUGGAUCUCGCAGAUCAAUUAGAUGUUGAGAGCAUCAUGCACUCGGUGGGGUCUUAUGUUGGUUGA